AUGUUACUGUACAUUAGAAUUUCGGGAUUUACUCCUAUCGUGCUGAAUUUAAAAGAAUCGGAUUUGAGGCCUCAACACUGUGUUGAAAUUGUGAAUGAAUAUUACAGUAAAUUGUAUGAUGGUAAACCGCCUUCACCUUUACGGCCUCAUAAAAUCAUUACAUUUGCCAAUAAUGAUAAAUUAUUGGUGUUCAACAGAGAGGAAACCUUCAAUUCAAAAUUCACUCUUCCCAUUCAACAAAUGAUUCCGAUUUAUGAUGAGCCACCUGCCUGUAUUGAAUCAAUUAAUUAUGUCAAAUCUCCAAUGCCCAAGCUGUAUCCGUACAAUGUUCCGAAAUAUGUGAGCCUUAAUCGGCUCAUCCUAUUACUGACCGAUGAGAAGAGAUCGGAACCGUUCCUUUCCUCAGUGUUUUGGUGGUGCUAUCGUGGAUUUGUCAAGCCGAAAAUCAUUUUACAAAAGUUAAUUGAGAGAUUUGAUGUCCCUCUAUUGCAAUCUAGUACUCCCGAAAAUGGAAUACCACCAUCUUCUCCCUCUUCUGCGUUCUCGUCAACAGUGGCUUCAUCUCCCUCCUCGCUUACCUCACCAUCAAACAACGCUCCCCCAUGGUCACCAUUUGCCAUGCUAGAUUAUCAGCCUUCUCUCGACGAAAUGCAUUACAAUAUCGACGUUCGAAGUAAUAUUCAACUCUCUGUUGCCAAAUUAUUACUGGACUGGGUCGAGAAGUAUUAUUUUGAUUUUGAUGACAAGAUGGUUCGUCAAUUGUCUAAUUUUUGUACCUCUCGAAUGAUGGAGAGCGUGGCCUCGUUCAUUGCAAAGAAAAUACUCCAAGCCAUGAAAACUUCCUCUCGACUGCCUCAUUGGGAGCAGCAACAAGUUGAGGAAAAGAAGAUGCAACAAAUGGCCACACAAGAAGUUUUCCCAGUAAAUGUUGACUCUUCACCAGAGUCAAAAAAGUCUGGCCAACCUUCAACACCUAAAAACAUCAAUACCACUAUGGAUUCAAAACAAAUCUCAUUAUUGAAAAUGGAGCCCAAAGAGAUUGCUGAAACACUCACUCUACUCGAUCACAGCAUUUACAACAAGAUCAAAUUCACGGAAAUGUUGGGCCAGUCAUGGAAUAAGGAUAAGAAGCGUUUCAUGGCUCCAAAUAUUAUCAAUGUCACCACACUCUUCAACAAGAUUAGUAAUUAUUGUGUGCACCAGAUUGUGAGUGAACCUAACAUCAUGUCACGAAAGAAAAUUCUGGAAAAUCUAUUCAAGACUUGUGAAAUAUUGCGUGAAAUGAAUAGUUUCAAUAUGGUCAUGGCCAUCUACAGUUCCUUUGUAUCAUCGUCAGUCUCCCGUCUCACCGACACCUGGGGGAUGUUGGACGAAAAGUGCACUAAACAAUACGAAGACAUUUGCAAGUUCGUCUCGACAGACAACAACCAAAGAAUUCUCAGGGAUGCUAUGGACAAGGCAUUUGCAGAUGGCGAAGCAACCACACCAUAUUUGGGAAUUUACCUUCGUGACUUGGUGUUCACAGAUGAUGGUAACCCAACGUUGAUUGAUGGAAAGUUGAAUUUCUUUAAGGCCAUCAAUCAAUAUGCCAUCAUGUUCAAUAUUUUGAGAUUUCAAGGAAGAGAAUAUACAUUUGUCAUGAAAGAAGAAUUGCAGAUGGCUAUUGAAAGCUACAAACCAAAGAGCGAGGAUGAACUCUACAGCAUGUCACUCAAAACUCAGCCUCGAAAGCAGUAA